AUGAAUGAUAAUAAUGAAAUGGAUAUUUUUUAUUCUAAAUUGCAAACAUAUAUCGAUAGUCUGGAUAUAAAAAAGCGAAAUAAAUAUACAAUCAAAAAUGAUAUGUGUUUAGAUAUUUUAAGUGUACUUAAAGAAGAAAAUAAUAAUGUAUCAGCAAAAUUCAAAUUUUGGGCUAAACAAACAUUUCGACUUGUUAAAAUAGGUUCAACAGAUUUUGUUUAUGUUAAAAAACAUAAUUUGCCACUAGUUACACAUGAACAAAUAUAUUAUAGAGUUGUUGAUUGUCAUGUUGCUGUCGGUCACUCUGGAAGAGACAAAACUUGGGCAGAAAUUAAACGUCUUUAUGCUGGUAUUCCUCAUCAAGCCAUAUGUAUUUACAUCAACAUGUGUGAUACAUGUCAGACACGUCGCUCAUUUCCAACACCGAUUAGCGGAAAACCUAUUGUUUCAUUAGGAUUUUUAACACGUCUUCAAGUAGACCUAAUCGAUAUGCGAAGUGUGUCAUAUAACAACUAUAAUUUUAUUAUGCACGCUAAAGAUCAUUUUACCAAAUUCAGUUGGCUAUAUGCUUUACCAUCUAAAGAAGCUAUUAAUGUAGCUAAUAAUUUACGUAACAUCUUUUACACAUUCGGACCACCAAAAAUUUUACAAAGUGACAACGGCAAAGAAUUUGUCGCAAAAAUUAUUUUAGAUCUAAAAUUAAAUUGGCCCGAUUUAAUAAUCAUUAAUGGACGUCCACGACACCCUCAAAGUCAGGGUCUCGUGGAACGAUCCAAUGCAGUAGUUCAACAUAUGAUCGGAAAAUGGUUAGAAAAAAAUAAAACAUCUAAUUGGCCUGAUGCUUUAGGACCAGUUAUGCUAGCUAUUAAUAAUUCUAUUUCACAAAGUACAAAAAAAAGUCCAUACGAAAUGGUUUUUGGUCAAACUCUACGUAUUGAUCAUGAUUUCUGGGAAGAAAUACAAAAACAAUCAAAAAAUUCUAUUAUUAUUAAUGAAGAAGAAAUUGAUGAAUCAAUUAUUAAUGAAUUUAAUUUAUUUAAUGAACCAUUAGCUACAAAAAAUUCGACGUGUAUUGAUAUUUCUUCCCCAAUUUCAAAUUUAUUAUCAAAUGAAUCUGAUACUGAAUGUGCAGAUAAAUCUUGUCAAAAUACACCACAUAAACGAAUUCGUGAAGAAGCUGAGAUAUGCUAUCUUCAAACAGCAGAACGUCAAUUAAAUAAUUAUAAUCGUGCAUUAAAAAAACAAAAAAUAUAUCAAAUAAAUGAUAUAGUUGGUUUAAAAAUUGCCAAUGUAGAUCGAUCAAAUAUGGCACCAUCUAUUUUGCCAUGUAGAGUAAUCCAAGUACUUGCAAGUGAAGAAUCUUUAAAUACGACCUAUAAAGUAGCUACUUUAUAUGGAGUUAUUUCUGACUCAUUUUCAUCUUCUGAUUUUACUGACUUAUCUCAAACUGUAUCAGCAGAAUUACGACAAUUAGACAUUAAAACGUUAUCAUCUAUUACCUUUAUUCAAGCUUGUCAAAAAUUAACACAUUAUAAAUCAAAUCAAGUAUGCAAAUGUGUCGGUACAUGUGACACAAAUCGAUGUCCAUGUAAGAAACAAUCUAUAAAAUGUUGUAGUAAAUGCCAUCGUGGCAAAUGUACUUUAUGUCAAAACUACAUCUAA